AAAAAACCUUUUCCUUUUGAAACCCUUGGUUAUAUUAGUUAUUCUGUGAAAGAAAGGUCAUGUUUUAUGUACCGAAUGGUACCCCAAGUGCCGGAAGCAGUGACAGUGGGGAUGGCGGACUUCCCAGCACUUCCAAAAACCUCGCUGGAUUGUUGGACGAACAACGAAAAAAAGGCAUCGGUGCUGCUGUACUCACCAUUACAGGUAAAAUAGCCAAAUUCCUACCAUGAACUUGUUUUUAGAACAAUAGAGACGAGCAAAAAAUAGCUUAUUGCGAGUUCUAUUGUCGUUUUAUGCCCGCUUCUUUUUGGUCUUAAGAGCAUGCAUGUACAAUAGCCAAAAUUGUGAGCUUAUGUAACCUUAAUGAGUUUUAAUUAAAUGUUCUCUUUCGCUUUACUGAAUUCGUGGCGAAAUUCCAGCUGAGAACUGUUGUUCCAACGUUUACAGUUCUGGUGGUUAUCUUAAAAUUACCAUAAUGCGGAAUGGAACGUUCUAUCUUUUGAAGGUGGUGUUGUUGAAUAAUGGCAUUUGCCUUUCUGAUAGCAACCACCUCUGUUUUGGUUAUAAAUUGGAAAAUCGUAAAAAGUAAAGUUAUAAUAAUACUGUGCGAACAAACAUGAUGUAACUUUAAAGGUUAAAUUUGCAUAGAAGCUCAUUUAUCUUAAAAAAUAUUUCAAAAAAUAAUUGUUCCAUAAAAUAUUGUUCCAUAACAUUGCAUAAAUGAGCCAAAUAUUGUUCUUACCAAGAAGUUAUAAAUAAAUUACGUUGAAAGAGCACAAUAUGGGUGACCAUGUGCUUCGUACAAAUUAUACAGGCCUCAGUUGUUCAAAGGUUGGUUAACACUAUCCACCGGAUAAAUUUCCAUCCAGUGGAUAAUGCAAUAAGGUUUUCCUAAUACUUAUCCCCUGGAUAGGGCUAUCCAAAGUCCAGGUCUAUUAUAAGCUGGAAGUCCCGUGUCAAUACUCGAGCCAUUUGCAUUAAGGUCAUCACUUGAAAGUAUGACAUUGCGUGACCAUUCAGCUAAUAAUGAGUGCAAGACAGUAGACUUGUUUUCAAGGCUUUUUUUUGUGGGAUAGAUAUUUUGUGCAAAUUCUUUUUGGCUAGAGUUUGUUAACAGCCCUUUUGGAGAUGGAAAAAAAUGUAAAAAAAUAUUAUUUUUGCUGGGAAAAAAUACAUUUAGAGGGAUUUACAGGUUUGCUCUAGGAACUUUUUUAGGUGAUGCUGUUAGCUUGAAGGUCUUCUUUCGGUUUAAGAAUUGUGCUUCAAAUUUCUGCUGAAGCACAUGGCCGCAUAUAUUUGAAAUGGUUUUUCUUUGUAACAGUUGUUGAGGGGAGAAAUCUUCCUGUAAUGGACCCUACUGGCAAAUCAGAUCCAUACUGUAUAGUUAUUGUUGGUAAUCAAGAGCAGCGGACAUCUGUACGGUAUAGCACGGUCAACCCAACUUGGCAUGAGACUUUACAAUUUGACAUGAGUGGCAUACCACAGCUGAUGCAGAAUGAACCAGGUGAGAAGAUGACUCUGAUUUACCUACAGCUGUAUAAUCAAUUCAGCCAUGAAUUUUGAGGGAAUACCUUGAUAGCUUUAAAAAAAAUUUGAGUUGUACACAACAACAAACUACUCCUGCAUGUUGCAUUUUGUAAUGUCACACAGGGCUGUCAUUACGUUUUUAAGCAGCUGUAGCAAAUGAAAAUUUUUUCAAAAUUGAUUGAUUACCCAACUUUAAACAUAUAAUAUGUCACAAGUCAAAUUUGAUUUCUGAUUAAGAUUUUUUAACCUUGGUUGAUUCUCAAUUUCUUUUGUCUUCUGGGACUAGGAGAAUCAAGAGUCAGUCUAGGUUAAGGUGACUCAACCCAGUUUUUUUGGGGGGGUACCAUCCUACUUUGAAGCUCUCUGGUAUCCCCACCUUUACUUUUAUCGUAAGCCUAACACAUAUAAUGGAUAACAUAUAGAUCAAUCUACAAUAUAACAUAAAAUUUUUGGCGAUCGGAGUAAAUGUCACAUGGUUAUAAUGCCGCGCCCCUUUGAGGUCUGAGUCAAAAAUCUCCUGUUGCCGGCAUUUUUUCGUAAAAAUCUCUCGGCUACACAUAGUGUGCAUUAGUGCCUUGCGCUGAACAGAGUUUCACCAAAAUCGCAAAGACCCAAUUCGAGAAAUUCAGCGGUUUCCAAAUUUAGGUCAUAAUUUAUGCGAAAAUGAUAAGCAAACUUUACACGGAUUAUAUCUAAUAAACUAUGAGAUUCAUCUCUUUAUUUUGGGCAUCGUUAUAACAGAUGGGUCCUUGCAAGUCAGCAAAACGCUUUAGGGCCUUGUAAAUGCGCGCGAUUUCGAGCAAAGCAAACAUAUAGAAAUUAUAGUUUUCGCUAUUUGUUGACGUUUGUCAGCGUUUAAGAGUCCUUCUCACGAAAAAAGCAUUUUCUUAAAAAUUCGUAGUUUUUUUUCCUUCAAAUUUUUUCAGGGCCACAAUUGAUUAACUAACUACCCGGACUCUGAAUUUCAUGGUCAUUGAAAAACUGUGACAUUAUCUUCUAUAAGCCCAAACUUGAGUAAACAUUGAAGAUUUUUAGCGUUUUGGCUGAGUUUGUGCUUUGGGAGUUGUCUAUUGUUUCUAGUCUGUCAUUAUACAGCAUUCUUGUUCAGCACGCGUGCAAUGACCGCGCUUGGCUGACUUCCGAAUGCUCACCGAGAUAUAAUAAUUUUGGUACAGUGAGACAGGCCAUCGCGUGAUACAUAGAGGUUUAAGUCACAAUUUUUAAUCAAUUCUCGUGCUUCUUGUGCCUUUGCAAAAAAAUCAAGAAGUGCUACACACUAAAUCUACUUACUAUUAAAAAAAUAUCAUUUUUUCAUAGGUUUAAUGCAAGCCAAUAAUUAAACCAACUCGUGACGGGAAUAUCUCGGUGAGCAUUCGGAAGUCAGCCAAGCGUGGUCAUUGCACGCGUGCUGAACAAGAAUGCUGUAUAAUGACAGACUAGAAACAAUAGACAACUCCCAAAGCACAAACUCAGCCAAAACGCUAAAAAUCUUCAAUGUUUACUCAAGUUUGGGCUUAUAGAAGAUAAUGUCACAGUUUUUCAAUGACCAUGAAAUUCAGAGUCCGGGUAGUUAGUUAAUCAAUUGUGGCCCUGAAAAAAUUUGAAGGAAAAAAAACUACGAAUUUUUAAGAAAAUGCUUUUUUCGUGAGAAGGACUCUUAAACGCUGACAAACGUCAACAAAUAGCGAAAACUAUAAUUUCUAUAUGUUUGCUUUGCUCGAAAUCGCGCGCAUUUACAAGGCCCUAAAGCGUUUUGCUGACUUGCAAGGACCCAUCUGUUAUAACGAUGCCCAAAAUAAAGAGAUGAAUCUCAUAGUUUAUUAGAUAUAAUCCGUGUAAAGUUUGCUUAUCAUUUUCGCAUAAAUUAUGACCUAAAUUUGGAAACCGCUGAAUUUCUCGAAUUGGGUCUUUGCGAUUUUGGUGAAACUCUGUUCAGCGCAAGGCACUAAUGCGCACUAUGUGUAGCCGAGAGAUUUUCAUGAAAAAAUGCCGGCAACAGCAGAUUUUCGACUCAGACCUCAAAGGGGUGUGGCAUUAUAACCACAUGACAUUUACUCCGAUCGCCAAAAAUUUUAUGUUAUAUUGUAGAUUGAUCUAUAUGUUAUCCAUUCUAUGUGUUAGACUUACGAUAAAAGUAAAGGUGGGGAUACCAGAGAGCUUCGAAGUAGGAUGGUACCCCCCCAAAAAAACUGGGUUGAGUCACCUUAAAUCAAAAUUAACCUGAAAUCAAAUUUGACCAGUAACAUAUAGAUAAUCUAUGGCUCUUAUGUUUGGAAUGAUGAGUGCAUUCCUUUGGGAUGAUCCGGAUCACAAUCAGCGAUCCGAGAUCACUUGGAUCAUGGUAGAUCAAAUGAACCAAUGAAUCCUUGUCCAGAGUGGAUUCAUCAGUUCAUUUGAUCUACCAUGAUCCGACUGAUCUUGGAUCACUGAUCCUGAUCAGAAUCAUCUCAAAGGAACGCACCUAAUAUGUAAUGUUAGGGCUCUUUCCAAAAGUCAGAACUUUCAAGCUGGACCAUGACCAGACCAGUCAGUUUGACAAUUAAAUAGACUUGUUCCAAAACAUUUUGUUGAAAAACCAUGUCCUUCAAGCAACUAUUUAGGAUUUGACUGAUCUGGCUGGAUAAGUUUUGAUUAAAAGUGAAAUUCUUAUUAUGACAAGAAUAAUCUGGCCGGCAGUUCUGAUAAAUGGAAAGGGCCCUUGGUAUAUUACCCGAUAACAUUAUUAAUUUUGGACUUCUCCAUUGAUUUUUAGUUGAGAAUGCACUCUUUUGCUGCCUCCAACACUACAUACAGAUUGAUCUGUGGGAUUAUGAUACUCUCAACCGUGAUGAUUUCAUGGGGCGAAUUCAAAUUCCACUAGCAUUCUUAACAGAAGACACAACAGCUUGUUGGUAUCCUCUAGGAAGAAGCUCUGCUAAAGACAAUAUCUGUGGUGAAGUUUUCCUAGAGUUGACUUUGAAAGCUUCUCAGGUAUGAAUUAACAUUCUUUGAGUAGUAAUGGGUACAGUUACACUGAAAAUGAUAUUGAUGUUGAUAAGAAUAGUGAUAACGGCUGGUCAGUGGACAACGUCUGGCCAAGAUGACCAUUUGUCUGGACAGACUUUCGGUUUGCAGUCAUCUUGACCAGACAUGUUAAUAAGCAACCGAAAAAAAAAAAUUUUCACACCAGUACAUUUCAAGAGGACAAGCAUCUUUUUUAACUUGUGAAUGCCAAAAGGGCAUUUCACUAAGUUAUCGCUGUGGGGUUGAGAUAUGCAAAUGAAUCACUCACUCGACGUGGACUAUCUUCAGUUCCAAAAUCAAAAGAUUUAAUUGCUGCCCAAUAUGAAAAUUACAUAUCUUCGUUGUUACCAAAAUGUUGCGAAAGUGUUACCGAAGUGUACUUUGGGCAACUUUCAUGUAAGUGUGCAUUUAUGUGUGCUACCUUGUAAGAGAACUCUGGGAAUAAGGUUGUCGUGCAUCACAUUUGCUACGGAAACGUUAACACUACUCGCUGUUGAGCUAUCAGUUCAGAUGGCCGUGUACAGCCAUGCAGUAUAAACUUUACAUUGCACGCUACAAGUAUCUCGAUCAUAAGCACUGCUGGGGCGGCUUAAAUUUCCAGUAACAGAACAAAGGAAAAAUGUUGUCGAUAAAUUGCGCAAUUAAUGAGGCUUGGUAUUUAUUUUUAUGUACCCAAGUCAUCCUGGUGUGUCGAGCAGGCUCUGGUGAGUAUUAUGGACUUAUAGUCUGCACCAAAAAGUCGUCUUCAAAGGCAUUUCAUGCCGAAAGUCCGGCUAAUUAUGCUAAGGGAAACGUAAGCUCAUAUUCGAUAACAUUUUAGUUUUGAAAAUGUGAUCUGCGCCUUCUAACACUAACUUGUUUACUUAAACAGGUACUUCAAACUAACUGACUAGUCCAACAUAGCCCUCCAGUAUCAUUUAACCACCCAAAUAAUCAGUAGUCUUCAAAUGCAUUUGUAAAUAUAUAUUUUUAUUAAUCUACAGCUGUAUACGUGAGUAAAACAUUUAAACAAAUUUUAUUAUUAUUACAUUUUUAUCUUUAGCCUAUUCCAAGAUGGUGUGUUGAUUUUGAGCUUUACUCUAUCUGUAAGAAGAAGACAGGAUAUGAGAUUCCUGUUGCAUUUGGAGAUGCUGUAGCUGAUUUCCCAGGUAGGGCCAAGAGGCUGUGCCAGGCAAGAUUUUUUAGAAUCAAAAAUCACUCAACUCAGAUCUAGGGCUUAUGUGAGUUAUUUGAGUGAAAAUUAGUUCCACCCUCAAGCAUGUACACUGUAUUGAAUUUCACUGCUUUACGUUCACUGUCAUUUUUGUUUGCUCCCCCAUGUCUAUCUCGUUCUGCACGGCCCAUUUGUUCGAAGGCUGAUUAGCGCUAACGCGGGGUUAAAUUUUAAUCCGGGUUUCCAUUUCUUUUGUUCAAAAACAUUUUGUCGGUUCAUUGUUUCUAUUCUUUCAGAGUAUCCAAUCAUCAAAUUGUAAACAAAAAGAAUUAUACUGAAUUUGCUUUUUUAACUUUCAUAAUUAUCUGAAUUCAAAUGUCGCACUAACCCUGGGUUUACAACCUGGCCCAGGUGUGGAUAGUAGUAAAGUUCUGUAUUUCUUAGUAAAGUUAAAUAUUUAUAAUUUUUCCAGGUGAGGCAGAAAAAGUGGAAAUGGUUAUUGACGAUGUUGUCAUUGAAGUCAGUAAACACAGAGGCAUUGGAAGAAUGUAUCUCACAAAUUUUAGGUAAACUAAUGCUUUGCAGUGUUGAGAUUACCCAGAAAUUAAAAUUGAUUAUGAGAAACUGAUUCAAUUAAAACCCAAUUUUGAUGUUAUAAUUUUUUCUGUAGGCUUGUGAUUCUUUGUCACCUGUCUGGUCUCACUGCAGCUGGGUAUACAUAUGUGAGUAUUGAAAUAAUUUCAGUUAUUUAUAAUAAUAAUAUUGUAAGUAACUUAAAAAGAAGCAAUUUCUUUAAACUUUUGGCUGUAAAAAAAUUGUCAACAAAUUUUGCUUUUCCAUUUAUUACAUAAUCCUAAUGCUUCAGUUUAUAUAAAAUAGUCCAAAAAGUAGUUAUUCAUUGAUUUUUUGAAAAGGUCAUUACAAUAAACUUAACGUAUUAAUCAGGCCACUUCAAGUAUAAUCAUGCUACUCCAGUGGGCCUUAAAGCACCUCAGUCAUGCUCUAUAACAUUGUUUAGAAUCGGAGUUUUAAAACAUGUGUCAUGAAUGUUGCAUACAGUGCAUAUACCAUAGCACCUAAUGGAUUUUUUCUUGCAGGACAUGUCAAUGUCAGUAGCACUAAACAAUAUUCAGUCAGUGGAUAGAGGAGAAGACGAGAAAGUACUGUAUCAAAUGAUUUUGUUCAUACCUGCACUUUUAAAGCGCUAGUGUCAGAUCUCUUAGAUUAGUGGCUUGAGGUGUAGACUUAUUCCCGAUCCGACCACAUGAUUGUGUGACUGCUGCCUUGGCUGGGAGAUUGGGGCCAAGGAUCCAUGACUGUAUAACCACUUCUAGAGUAGAACCCUAGUAACUUGAACUCUGAAGGAAAACAAGAAACCGUUCGAGUUAUCAGGGUUGAUUGAAAAAAUUCAAUUUGCCUUGUUAAGAAUUGAUAGUUACUGAUUUUUCAGUACUUCAGUGUAUAGUGUAGUGCAAAUUUAACUUAUUUCAUCAGAAACGGUAACAUGAUUAGGCAUUUUCUUAAGAUAAAACGUAAUCUCUUCAUUGCACCUUUUACCCUUAUAUAAUAAGAAGGGCUAAUGGGGUGGCAUCUGAGUGGAGUUACAAGAACCAGAAAUUAAGUUAUCGUGGUAAAUUUGAUGAAGGGAAAGGAAAUUUAGUUCGAGUUAGCGGAGAAUUUGAGUUAUCCGAGUUCGAAAUAAGCGAGUAAAAAUGACUGAAAAGUGGGGUGAAAUCCAAGGGAAAUUGGACUUAGUUCGAGUUACCGGGGAGUUCGAGUUAUCUGAGUUGGAGUUAUCAGGGUUCAACUGUAUUUGAACCUUACAGUGUAUGCACAAUGACAUAUUGUGGCCUCAUUUCCUCAAAAGUGUUUGACCACAAAUUAAUGAGCCCCUACAUAGCCCCUUUAACGCUUAGAUUGUCAUAAGCAAAAAAAGGCCACUUUGGAGCUGCCAUCUUGGACCUUCUUUUUUAUUUUCUCCAUUGAGUGUGGCAUCAUUUUUGGAAAGGUUGUCUUCUUCCUGAAUACUUACAGUAACUAUUUAAAAACAGCCGCUAAUUCUAAUGAUCAAUUUCAACAUCAUGAUCUUGAUCUCUUGUGCUUAUCUAUAACAUUUUAAAUGUUUUUUUUUUUUGCGUUUUGCUUAUUAAGGUUGUAUCUAGAACUGUGAGUGGCAACGCUGGUUUCUCUGAUGUAAAGACACUGACUGUGCAAUGCUGGGACUUCCGAACAAUCCGUUUAAUAUUCAUGAACAAGCCUCAAUAUUUGAGCACCUUUUACAUGCCUCCUGAUCCCAACAGUAUGCAGUCCAGUCCAGAUUCACUUCUUGCCUCUUUGCAACCAAACAAUCAGGAGUAUCUGAAGCAAGCAAGUCUGCAGUCUGUUGGUUCUGAUGGGGAAGGACUUGAAGGUUUAAUUAAUCAAUUGGUUGAAGAUUUAAGUCUAGACUAGGGAAACCGGGAAUUGCCGCUCAAAAAUAUAAAAAAAUCAAAUUGAUUUUGUUUUGGCUGGACUACGCUAGUGACCUCAGUAGUUUCUGGAAAACAGCUACUCUAGGUUGGGGGAGGAGAACUUCGGGAGUUUAUUCUAGUAUAGGUUGGCAAAAUUCAACUGAACUAGCUUUGGUAUAAACUAAGUGUUCCAUGGUCCCAGUGGCACAUCCACACCCAAAAAUUCCUAAUGUACCUAGCACAUGUACGAAGCCUAGCAUAUGUUGCUGAUGGUUAUAUUACAUGGUGCUGUUGAUAUUGCAGACCCUUAUCAAAAAAUGUAAGUUAUGUUUCAAUGAAUCUCUGUCAAUGACCCCUAAAGUGCUUUCCUUAGUUUGGGGUGGUUAAUCUGUAGUUAGAGGUCAGAAUUUGGGGAUAACCUCUUGUGGAACCUUACAUAAUGGCUGUAGCCAGAGUACAUAUUUAUGGAAUAAUUUCACCUCCUAGGAAAACAGCUGCCAAACCAAAACUUAGAUGUUCCCCCCACAGAUGACUCAGCCGAAAAUGUCACUCACUCUAUCACACAUUCCAGCAGUCGUAGCAGUUUUCAGAUUUUGUCUCGCAGCAGCAGUAGCAGUAGCAGUGUGGCAGGUGUGAGCUCUCAUGAGUCAGAUGGACCCCUUCUUGUUCCCACUGGUACAUCAGGGGUACUAGGUGCUGGAAUACUGGCUGCAGCUUUCAGUGCUGUUUCUGGCUCGAUAAAUAGUGUUGCUGAGAGACUGAAGGCUGAGCCAAUACCGCCUGCAAUGUAAGCAAUACAUUAUGUAGUAAAUAUUUAAUUUUAUACUCUAAAAAUGAUUCAUCUUACAAAAGGGUUUUGGACUCUUUCCUUUUUUCACAUUUUGUGUAUGGAAUUUGCAGGUAACCAGAAAUACACACUCCUAAGGUUUCUCCCCCACAACCCCCCUUCCCCGUUCAGAGAUAGGUCUAUAAACUGGGCAAGAUGUGUCAAGUGAACGUCAUUAUAACACCUAACACUAACUGGGUGGGGAGGGGGAUCAACUUGAAUUGCAAUUUCCAGGCAUAAAAGACAAAGUGUCCCAAACAUUUUGACCAGGAUUGUAGUGUAGCUCUGUACAGGACGAUAAUAGCUGUCACAGAUGAGCUCCCCUAGGUUAUUGUUUCAUGCUCCCUUUAAUCAGUUUAUGUUAAACGUGGUUUAAAGUAUAAUAAUAAUUGUUGAUAAUAGUUAAUCAAUUAUUGUUUUCUUGAAUAACUUUGCUACUGAUUUACUUCAAUGCUACUACAUUUCAAAUUUAUGGUAAGUAUUAAGAGUACAAAUUUAGGCUAUUGAUAUAUUGACGUAUGAGCAUCAGGGUUGUUGUGCUCCACAAUUUAGUGCAUGGUUUUAAAUUGCACCCAUUUUUUUUGUGCAGAUUGCUAAAAGUACAUCUAAUUGCAGAAGUCAUGACUGUUUGUCUUUUCCUUUAGGUUCCUGAACUAUUACAUCAGUGUAUUUUAUCAGAGAUUAGAAUAUCUUGCUUUGAAUGCUGUGGACAACCCUCCGUCAGUGCAUUAUGUGAAGUAAGUGAAGAAUAACAAUUUCCUAAAGUUCACAAUAUCAGCUUUAGCUAGGCAUCAAUGGGAGAUGUUUCUGCCUCUCAUUUGUCUAUUUAACUUUGGAGAGCAGUGUUAAUUGCAUGCCAUGCAUGAGAUCUAUGUAUCCUUUGUAUAGUCAAAAUGAAAUGUUACCUAGUCCAACGUUCCUUUGAGCGAGGGGUGUGGGCGGUGCUUUUAUGCAGUCUCUCCACGAUAUUGUCGUGCAGUCAUUUACAAUGCAUGUGAUUUACAAUGAUCACUGAAUUCACGUGUUGAAUAGCAAGAAACAUGGAUGCUCCCCUUUUAACUCCCUCCCUUCUGCUUGCACUCGUUGCGGUUUCUCGCAUUCCUCCUGUGUGAUGUUUAGAGUAGAAACGCUGUGAAUUUUAUUGGGAAGUGUUUCUCUUCUAUGCAGGGCUUUUCCGAAGGAUACAGAAUUAAGUGGGUGGAGUGUAUAUGAUUUUCAUGAAGAGUUUGCAAGACAGCAGGUGCUUACACUGGUUGCCGGUCUUUUCGGUACAAAGUCGUUUCGAUGCAAGUUUAUUCAGUCGAGUUGUAGAUAGUUGCAGGUACUUGACUUAACGAACGAAGAAUAUUCACCCAAAAUGUUUUUCUGGUUCACGCGCAAACUAUAUCUAAAGUGAUCGAAAUUUUUGUGCAAUUUCAUUGCUUGAGUUUGUAUCGAAACGACUUUGUAUCAAAACCACCGGUCACCCUUACGUUUUGUUACUUGUAAGCGUGGACAUAAUGGGAAAAGUCUCUAUCAUAUUGAAAUCCGUCUCAAAAAAUGUUAUCUGCUGUUUUCCGUGUGUGUGUUUUGUUUUUUUCUUUGCUUGUUUAUACUGCAGCCUCUGCGAGGAAAGGUUGUCUUUACUGUCCUUUAGAAAGAUUAUGACGGUCCCUUCUGGCCUUUUCAGUCUUUUCCCUUUCGCGUUUGCCUCGUUCACUCGCACGUAACAUGCUUGCCUGUGCGGAAAAAAUGUUAACACCUCUGAUGUAAUGCGAAACGUUCUGGAUGAAUGGGGGAAUCACCAUUAAGUAGAAUAGCACGUGACAACAUCGUUAAUAAAGACGAUGCAACCAUCUACAACAAUGAUGAAAAUCGUGACAUUUCUUAGCUAUUCUGUAUUUGACGAGCCACAUUAUCUUAAGAAACCAUAAAGAAACCUUAAAGCCUUCGAGUCUUCCCUCUAAACAACGUUUGGUGAGUUGAUAUUCAUAGUACUUUCACAGUUUGUUUAUUUUGCACCAGAUGUGCGUAGGAAAGACAAAGAAAAGUGAAUCUAUAGUAUGAGGAUCGACUCAGCUGUGUGCAGCGUUUCGCGUUUUCAUUAAUGUACAGCAAUACCCAGUUUCACACAAAGAUAGUCUAAAUUUAGGAUUAAAAGAUUCGAUUUCUGGUACGGUUACACUGACGCAUUCAAAAUAGCUCAUGCACGUUAAACGUACCUAUGUUUUUCAAAUGUGGCAUUGAACUGUAAGAAGGACAAUAGAGGUAGCUUUUUACACACUUUAUACAGUUAAUGUGGUCGUGUGCAUGCGUGAAAUUGUGGCCCUCUUAAAGCUUUGGGGUAGGUUUAGGCCUCCUUUUGUAUUUUUAACCCUUUUCAUCAAUUAUCAAUGGGUGUUAAACACUUUUGUAGAGAUCAUUUAUUUAUAUUUGUAUAUUUGUUAGGUAUCUGAUGCCUGGCGUGUGAGCGUUGUCAAUCAGCAGUUCCUGCUUUGUAAUUCGUAUCCUCCCCUGUUUUAUGUGCCUGCAGAAAUACAGGUAAAGUUUAUCUAGUGUUUAUGCUUUAAAAGGUGACUCGUGGAUUGCACCGUCAGUGACAAUUGUAAAAUUAGGGAUUAGGGGGGAGGGGUGGGGGUGUAGGAAGGGGAGGUGCUAUUCCUCGCGCUCGGCUGUUAAAGACCACAAAAGCACCCUUGGAAAGAAUGGAGAUGUGUCCAGUUGAGGUGGCGCGGGAUUUUCCAUCCUGGUCUCGCCUCUUCCAGUAAUCCCUCGCGUCUUCGACUCUCGCUACGAGCGAUGGCUCCACUUCCAAAAAGCACUCACUGAGUUCACCGGCUACGCAGGCUACGAUGUAAUGUUUCUUGCGUUAAAAGUUGAUGAGGGGUGUUGCUUGUUUUUCCAUCCGAGCGAGCAACAUGUCUGUUUCAGGCUGUGCCAACUGGUUGCAAAGCUUCUGCUUUGCGCAACUGUGCUCAAAAGACAUUGCAAAAUGUCACCCGAAAACUAAACCUUGUCGUUCGAUCAGUUUCGAGCUAAAAGUUGCACGAAUUUGUUGCGUUAUCGCUGGUUAAGGGUUUAGUUACAGUAAUACGGGCAACAAACUCGUGCAACGUUUUGCACAACAUUGUUGUUUUACGAGUGGCAUAGUAAUGUUGCUUGUUUUACCAUUCGCGCGCUCAUCUUGUUGCGCAACAGUGUUGUGCCAGCAACUUGUUGCUUAACAAUUUGUGCAACCUAUAACAAAGAAUUAUUCUACGGUCGGGCGACGAAUUGCUCGCGCGACUGUUGAAACGAGCAGUAUUGCAAUGUGGCACAAAAAGCCGUUGCAUGAAUUUGCUGCCCGUGUAAUCCGUUGCGUCCAAACAGCUUACUGUUUAGUUGAUUUUCUUCCGCUCGGAGUGUCAAGAAUUGUCAUAUUUUAGGGCUGCUUGUUAUAUUUUAGUGCUGCCUGUACAUGAAGCCUAUGUGUUAACUUGCACUCUGGUUACGGUAUUUUUAUUGUUGACGAUGAAAGGUAUUUUUGUUGUUAUUAUUUACAGGACUCUACAUUAAGAUGCUGUUCUUCAUUUCGAAGCAAGGUAUUUUCAAUUGUUUGUGUGUGAAUGUUUUUUUUGAAGAAUUUCGAGUUUUGACUUUCUACAGUCGGUAAAUGCGCUUAUUUGCCAGUAAAUCACGAACAUGAUCAUGUUGUUCGUCAGUCCAAUUAUUCUGUUUCUGUUUUAACAGGGCCGUCUUCCUGUCCUUUGCUGGUACAAUGCUAAAAAAGGAAAUUUUAUUAUGAGGUGUGCACAGCCAAAAACUGGUCCUGUGUUUAAGGUAAAUUGGGACGCGAUACAUUUAUUUAAUUUCCCAUAUACACUGUUGGCCUAAUACACUCACUGUCAAAUGUUUAAUUUAAGAGCUAUAGACUCACUCACCACCACAACUCGCGGGAAAUACCUUCAGGCAGCUUUUGAAUAGACCCCAAGGACCCCACCCCCCGGCGUAAUCAAUUAAUGUCGGGACCAGGAAGGGGGAGGACCUGGUGAGGAAUAUCAACAAUUUAGGAUGUGGUACAUUGGAGAACCGGAAAGAACCUUGAAAGGGAGACUUCCUUGUGUCAAAUGAUCCUCAUCUCGCAGAAAUCCUUAUUUGGCGGAACCAGUUUUUUACAUCAAAUGUGAAGGAGAAGGACAUGGUGAGGAAUAUUAAGACUGAGUGGAGUACAGAGUACAUUGGAGAAGCGGAAAAAGCGUUGAUAACGAGAGUCAGCAAACUUCCUCGAUUCAGACGAUCCUUCUCCUCGGUCUCAAAAUAUCUUUUGUGGGACACACCAGGGUCAUACGUUCCUUAUAAAAAAGCGUCAAAAUCCUGGAUAGAGAACAGAACUGGAUCAAAUAUAGUGGGAAAGAAACCGUCCAUAUAUUACAACUACAAUCGUCUCCCAAAAAAUUUUGACAUCUUUUUCAAGACCGGGCCCCCACCUCUUAUCUCAAGGUCUGGAUGACCGCCCCCCCACCCCCCCCUCCCAUCUGAAAGAGAUUAAGAUUCCCGUUUACUGCAAACGGCAAACGUCAGACUCAAGUUGAGAACUUCUCAGAAUAGAAAAUAAGCAGAUAAAAACAGUCCCGAACGAUUCCUAUGGUUAUAACCGGCAUAAAACUACUUAUUUUUGUGUAGAAGCAUUACAAGUAAAGGGAACAUAAGGGAAAAACUUGGUCUCGUGGUACAAAUUCACGUCUGCCGUUUGGCGUAAAAGUGACUCUUAAUCUCUCUAUUUCUUUGGUUUUGAUUAACGGUUUGCUUUGUCAUCUUUUACCCCUGUACCUGUUCAGAAUUCUAUUGACGAUGAGCUUGUCAUAAGUAAGGCAAGAACAUGUAACAAGUACACGGACAAGCUUGUUAUAUUUGAUGCACGGUCGAUGUUCGCUGCCGGCGGAAAUAUGUUAAAGGUUUGUUGCUCACUUAUGCAGUCUCCUCUUUAUUUUGAAACUAAAAAUGACGUUCCUCAAGAGAUAAGGUCUGCAUUCCAUAUCUCAGAAGGCGGUCGGACACCUCGUGAGGUUUAGAUAAAGUAUUUGUUAUCGCUUUUUAAGUAGAAGAAAAGCCUUUUCAGACGUUCUUUUCGCUACUGCAUAAGCUGCGUAUUUAACUGUGAUGGUCUUCUCUGCAUUUAUCUUUAAAGCCUUUUUAGGUGCCGUUUAGAAAUAGGAAAGCCAAUUUAGUUGGAAAGGAAUUUUAAAAACUUAUGAAAAUAGAGCUUCGAUUAUGUUUUUCACCGAUUUCGGCCACGUAUACACGGCAGCGGACGAAUUUUCGACCGGCUGAAAAAUUUGACUAGAAGUGACUUAGUUCACACAAAAUCGUUCAAUAUUCUCGCUCUAUUCACACGCAACUUUGAACGGCUAGACGUCUCUAGGUCUCAACCGGUCGAAAAUUUGUCCGCCCGAUACCGUGUGAUCGUUGUGUUAUAGUGAUUAUGGUAGGCACUGAUAUAGAAUAGCUAGCUUUAAUUUAUUGUUUUUGAAACACCAUGGAAAUGCCAUAAGAUAAAGAAGCAAGGAAGCCAAAAAUUGCAAUUUAGUCAGAAAAGAAGUGAGAAAAAAGAACUGCAAUUAUGUUUUCUAAAACUUUAACUUAAGGUCUCUUCAGUGUGUAGGGUUUAUGAGAUGUCCGACCCCCCACUGAGCUAUAAAAUAUAGACUCUACUAGCAGAGAAAAUGUCAGCGUUAAUACUAAGUGAUAGAAGGUAGAUAGACGUAAGGGCUCAGCCUUGAGUCUGCGCAUUCGAAACGCUUCCAGUCCCCGGGUUUCUCUUACCUUGUGUCCCCAGUUAAUAAGUUGUAUUUUUUUUUGUAUUGCAGGGGAAGGGAACAGAAGACACUAUAAACCGUUAUCAGGGUUGCCAGUUGUUAUUCCUUGAUAUUCCUAAUAUUCAUGCUGUACGCGAUAGUUUGUACAGGCUGCAGGGAGUGUGUGAGUCCUCAGCACAGAAAAAAUGGCUGUCGCACCUGGAGUCCACUCAAUGGCUUGCGUACAUCACUUCUAUACUCAAGGUAAAUUACGGAAUAAAGCAGACGAUCAUUAUCCGAGUACCUGUGUUAGAGACCACUUUUGCAAACAAACCAAAACGUUAUUAUCAGUCAUAUUAAGUGUAUUGAUGACAGUGAUAUCUCUCUUAUAAACGGACACCCUUAAGACAGACACCUCGCUAAAAUGGUCAACUAGAGUAGGUCCCUGCCUUUCUUUACUCCUUUUACUUUGACUCUUUAUAAGACGGACGCCUCUCUAAGACGGACACAAUAACAUAGUGGCGAUCCCAAAGGUGUCCGCCUUUAAAUAGAGAGAGUUGAUUGUAAUCUAUCCACCCCCCCUGCCUGGCUCCCUCCCCCCCCGCCAAAGAAAAAAAAACGCGUCAGUUUCCUAGUCAAUUUUAGACGUUAUUUUACCAACACAGCUUCAUGUAGAUAAAUUCAUUGUGGUUGUUGCAUCUCUUACUUGUGUCUUAGGGGGCUGUAACAAUUGCCAGGUUUGUCGAUAAAGGUGCCGCUGCCCUCGUGCAUUGCAGUGACGGAUGGGAUCGUACGUCACAACUGACGUCACUUGCUGAACUGCUUUUGGACCCGUACUACCGGACAAUUACAGGAUUGCAGGUACAGUGCAGUCAGAAACAUAAGUAUCUAAGGAGAUGUUUAUAUGAUACCGGAAUGACGUUCAUUACGGAAGGAGUUUCGUUCCAGUGUGAAGUUCGCAUUGCAUUCACAUAAUUAAAUUGUCCGGCUCAGCCUAAGGCGUUCUCGCCCGCGUGGUUUUUGCGCCAGACCAGAUACGCAUGCGUCACUUGCCCCAAACUAUACCAAUCUCGACCCCAGAGUUCUUCUGUGCAUGACGGCCAGUGAGAAGCGGAGUCAGAAGCGUAAGCACUAGGGUUGAGAAUGCAGACUACACGAUUUGCCAGAUUCAAUCCGGAACGAAGUUUCCCAGUUUCAGUUUACAUGAUACCAGAAUUAAAUUUCGUACCAGAACGAGAAUUUCAGUCGGAUUGAAAAUCAGAACGAGCUCAAUCCGGAAUGACUUGUUCGGGGACGAAAUUUCGUGUCGGUAAAAUACAGAGGAAUAUAUAGAGAUGGAAUGAACUCGUUCCAGAAUGAAAGUCGUUCCGGUAUCAUUUGAAUAGCCCCUAACCCACAUUGACAAUCUUUAUGCGGGUACUAGGUCGCAUUUAAGCCACGUGAAACCAAACUACUCCGUGGCGUAAAUGACCGGGAGAUUUCAAGGAAAACCUGGGGCGGAGAGAGACUUUGUAGAGCACAGUUUAUUCUCUAAGGGAACAACACGAUAGCGUUUUUCUAGAAUUCGCACAUGCGCGUUUCUUGUUUGAGAAACCGGCUGUGCAAUUUCCAGUCAGAGAGCUCCUAUAGUUCGAGACUUCAGCUGCUCUUCAAGUUCCUCUUCCUUUGAAGCAUUCGAUUAAUUUUGUCGUCGCUGUCAUUAUUGCCGUUGUCAGGUUUUGAUAGAAAAAGAGUGGAUAUCCUUUGGUCACCGAUUCCGGGACAGACUUGGUCAUCUAUCGUGCCCUAGUCAGCGGUCUCCCGUGUUCUUACAGUUCUUGGACUGUGUGUGGCAGGUUAGUUUGUUUGUGUUUGUAAAUCUCUCUUAUCCCUUAUGACUUCUGAAUAACCUUUUUGUUUGUUUUAAUUUGCUUUUGUCGUUGCGUGUCCUCGGCGCUUGUUACCAGCACUGCCAGGGACAUGUUUUCCCGCGGUUUUUAUUCUUUGCCUAUCAUUGAUUUGUUCUUGCUACCAACAUGGAUGACGCAUAGAUCCGCAUGGAUAGUAACCAUGUUACCCGGCAGCUACAUUUUUCCCGCUCUUUCCAUCUGCAACCAGUUGUUGCCAGCGACAUAUUUUCCCGCCCUUUUUAUCCUUUACCAUCAUUGACUUGUUCUUGUUACUAGCGUGGAUGACGGGUGGAUAGUAACCAUGUUACCCGGCAGCUACAUUUUCCCCACUCUUCCCAUCUUUUACUAGCUACAUAUUUUCCUGUGCGUAUCUUUGACUUGUUCUUGUUACCAGCAUGGAUAGUAUCCAUGUUACCAGCUACAUGUCUUCCCGCGUUUUUCUUUUGUUGAGUGUUCUCUGUUUUUUUACUUUUCUCCCUCGAGUUCUGAUUGUUUUAGAGAAUUUUUGAUCGUUUCGUUUGUUUUUGACAGACCAGUUUUUAAUUCAAUUUUUAUCGUCUUACAGAUUUUACAGCAGUUUCCAACCGCCUUUGAAUUUAUUCCAAUGUAUUUAGUUAGGAUAGCAGAGCAUGUUAACUCUCAAUGGUAGGUGAAUGUUUUCUAAGCUUAGUUCACAAUGCCGGUUUUACUGAUGAUUUCGUUUGGUUUUACAAUCCUCGCAUUCUUAUCAAAAUGACACAGUAUUUGCUUGGGCUGUUUUCGAUAUACCGUAGGGAUGGAAAAAUUCCCAAAGCGGAAAAUAUCAUUACAUUCUUUAACUUCCCGUUUGGGUGGUGAUCAUGUAAACCCGACUUUUGCGUUAUCUUUUGUUCUUUACACGAUUUGCACUUGCAAUGCAUUCACCGAGCAAAAAAAAAUAGUUUAAAGAACAUUAUGGUAUUCAGUUUGCCGCUUUGGCCAAUUGACUCGGGGUCGUUUUUUUAAACCGAUGCCCUUAUCAUCGCAGAAAUUUAAGAAAGUGCAUCAACAUAGACUCAUUUCGAGUCUUAGAUUAGACGUUUGGUUUUAAAUAUUGUCAUUUUUUAAAAUUACAUUGGUCUUCAGUUACAUCACAGUGAUGUGUGUGCAGCAAAGUGUCUUUCUUUUACAGGUUUGGGAAUUUCCUGUGUAAUAACAUACAUGAUCGACAGAAGCUUUCAGUUCCCACUGUCACAGUAUCACUUUGGGCUCACUUAAAAGCUGAUGAAGAAAGUUUCCGUAAUCCAACCUACAAAAAAUACACCGAGGUUUGACGGAUUUUAUUGUUAAAUUCGACCAGAAAUACAAAGUAACCCUAGCUUUUGUAUAGUCGGCUGGUUCCUUUUCAAAGAGCAUAUAUGAGACCCGUGAGGCAGAGCAAAAGUUACAAAAAUAAAUGUCAAACGUAACAGGGGAUCUUGGCGGGUAGAGAAGGGGGAAGGUAAGGGCUGGUUCACACGAGCGACACGAGCGCCGAUGCAAACGCAACCACACGCACGCAGCUUUUAUAGUUAGCAUCGCUUUUUCCAGGCGUUCACAUAUUGGAGCGUGGCGCGAAGUCAGAGUGUGGGAAAAAACGGGGGAGGUAGAUAGGGAGAGGGACAGAGGGGGGAACCUUCGCUCUCUCUCCCUACCCCUCCCCCUCGCUGUUUUUCUGCUUACAUCUAUUUGCACCGUCCCCACAAUCUGAGCGCCUGGAGCAGGCUACAAUUAGCAACGCUAAUAGCGACCCCAUCACAGUUAGGUAUCCACGCGCAGUGGAACGUCCUUUAUCCCAACAUGGCGGUCGAACAUUUGUGUUUUAGUUUGCGUUGUUCUAGUUCAUGAGAAAUGCACAUGCAAGCGUUAACGCCAUCUUAAUAAAAGGAAAAGUUUCCAUUUGUUGCGUUGGCGCUCGCAGUAAAUCAGUUCACACGCGUUUUCUUGUUCUUUUGCAUUCGCUUGCCUUUGCGUCGCUCUUGUGAACUAUCCCUAAACGCCUGCCGACAAGUCCAGGCAUUUUUCAGACCGCCCGCGAAAUUGUCGCACCAGGAACUUUUGGAAAAUAUGUUUGGCAGACCGAUUCAGACAUUUACGUCAUCUUGUGCAUUGCUGUUUGUAUUUCCCGCUUCUCUUUUCGCUCCUUCUCGCUCCCCAUGCUCGCUCUCCCCGGGGAAAGACUGCUCCGCUGGGUACAGUAACCACCACUUGGGGCUCGUCCCGAUAAUAAACGGUCCCGGAGAGCUGUUGUUGUUUACAUUAAAGAUCGAGGUAUCAAUAGUUUUGCAAAUAAUAUGAUAAAACUAUCAGCCAGGACCCUCGCUUUUGAUUUGAAUAUUUGAUUUCAGGCCCGAAACGUUAGCGGGACUUUCGAGAAACGGUUCCCAUAUCUUUUUCUUGCAUUACUUGUGUUUUCAGACAUUAUUUCCUGUUUCAAAUCCAAGAAGACUUCAAUUGUGGGUUGAUUACUUCUUACGUUACGACGAGACCGCUUGGUCAACACAAGAUCCCGCUAUUCAGGAUGAAGAUGGCGACAAUGAAGUAAGACAAGUCACAAUCUUUUCCUACAACUUGUUCAUGGUGGAAAAAACGACGUUUAACAUACUUGUUGAAAAAAACUCAGUGAAAUAAUCUGUUGACCAAGUUAUUUUGAUAUACGAUAUACGGUAUUGUAGACGUACUGUACCAUACCACGGUAUGUCAAGCCAAGGUAAAUCGGGCAACAAAACCGUGCAACUUCUUUUGCAACAUUGCUGCAAAACGAGUCGAAAAGCAAUGUUGCUCGUUUUACUUGCCUCCUUCAAACCUGUCUUUCAACAAAUCAGGUUGUUACAGGUUGCGAAAAUUUGUUGAUCAAAGUAGAGAGUAGUUCUACUUUUUUGCAACAAAAUCUGUUCAUGUUGCGCGUUUUACCGGCUCAAGGCAAACCUGUUUUGCAGGAAGUGACGUAACUCCCGAGUAUGGCAUAACUCCCGCGUAAUUUUAUCCAAUCAAAAGUCAGUAUUCACGCAACUUGCAACAACCUGAUUUGCUGCAAGACAGGUUUGAUUCCUAAGUGUUAAAAUGGGCAACAUCGCUAUUCAACUCGUUUUGCAGAUAUGUUGGAGAAUAACUUCCACGUUAUUGUCGCCCGUUUUACCGUAGCUUUAGACAUGCCAUACCGCGGCACAUAGAGUCUUUUCAUUGUGGUGUUACAAUGGCUUAGCUCAGUCACAAAGGCCGCAUUAGGAUGACAACAUUGCCGGUUUUUUUACAGAACAACGGCCGAGUGACCCACAUUGCGCCAUUUACCAAUCGAGCGCCGCGUGACUGGUAAAUGGCCUUAGCCUUACCCCUUGAAGAAAGCAGUUGUGAGGAUAAGGGAGCAAGGUUGGGGCAGUGGUGAGAGCACUCGCCUCCCACCAGUGAGGUUUUUACUCCUGGUACUCCGUUUUUCCUCUCUCCUCAAAAAUCAACACUUCCAAAUUCCAAUUCGAUCUGGAACGCACUAGCCUUCCACGCAGACCUUCUUUUGGCUCGUCACGCAAUCCUCCCCCAACGAACGUGGGGCAGGAACGCGUGACGAAACCCCAAGAACGUCUGCCAGGGAGACUAGGAGCGCACGGACACACGUUUCUAAGAACUCUUAAGUGCUUCUUGGGCAAACAAAUAGCAAAAAACAAUAACAACAACAACAACAAAAUUUUAUGAUAAAAUAAUUCCUUUUUUGUUAGCCAAUAAAGACAUGUACUGUUGCUGCUUGUUAAUUUCAGCCGGUUGUCAGUAAGCCACUGGAUUCGGUUAUUUGGGUCCCGGAUGAUCGAGCCCGAGAAUGUGCCGACUGCAAGCAACGAUUCACUCAGUUUAGGAGAAAGGUAUUAUUUCAAGCAUUUUUUUUCUGUGAAUGGUUUGAUUCUUUACGCCACAUAAGUAUUUGGUUGUGACUUGUUAACACCUCCCACUAACUGGUUUUCUUUUUUCUGUUUUCACUAUGAAUUGCCUCUGAUCAGCACCACUGCAGGUUAGUCAUCGUUCCUACACAUGAAGAUAUGUACCAUGCAUCUAGAAUUAGCCCAAAGUUACCCUUUAGUUACCACAAUCCUGUCAGUGCGUAUCCGUACCGUUACACUUGUUUACAAACUCAUUCAGACCCAGGGCCCGGUUGCAUAAAGCAUAAAGAUUAAGGGCCUGUUUACCUGAAGGUGGGGGACCCCAGAUAGGUGAAGUAACCCGCUUAGGUGAGGUAACCCGCCUGUCCAUAUAAUCUCCCAUUUUAAUAUGAUCACCUUUACAUGUUAGGUGAUGUGACCUGCCACAUGUAAACAGGCCCUUAGUGUGACUAUUCUGCACCCGUCCCCCGAGGACCGAAAGAUUUUCUCGUGUUUUCAUUGUGUUUCCUAUACUCGUUAAUCGGCCGGGUCAAAAUUCUUCGAAAUAACGGGUAUUCCCCAGAAAAUUCGUACUCAAUCUUAAGUUGCUUUAUAAGCAGCUGGGCCGAGAGGGUCGCUCGCCCGCUGCAAAGUUGCUCUCGCCAGUGAUCACGACGUCCAGUGACGACGUAGGUCUCUUGUGAAAGGGGUGUUUGAAAUAGGCUUGUAUGUUUUGUUUUUCCAAUUCAGACCCCCUUGAUGUUCUCCAGGGAAUUAGCCUUUUGUCUUUUCAUAAACCAUGCAUACAUAUGCUCUUGGAUGCGCCUGCAUAGGACAAAAUUUGAAAGAAACAGUUCUCUGGGGUAACAUCACGUGGUCUCAAAUGGGAAAACAAAGUGGCAUAUAAGCUAAAAAGGUCUAUUAUCUUACGCCUUAAGUAGCUGCUCCCAUGCGGAGUUCCGUCCAGUCUAUCCUGCGUAGCUGACGGGAUUGCUUGACGGCUGCGGGGUCUUGACUCAUCCCGCAGCUCCACCCCGAAGACAAAUGUUCGCAGCGCCUGUAAAUCCCUAGCCCGCGAAUACUGCCGUCUAUCCUCGCUCCUAUUUGCUAGAGCUCUAGCGGCGAGGAGCGUGGAGAAACGGCUGUAUUCUCAAGCUAGGAAAUCAAAUUCCCUCUCCUAACGUCUCCCGUUAGUACCUAUAACUCCUAACGUAACGCAAGUACAACUAGGUUUCUUGACAUCAGACACAUGGUGUGAAAGAGAACUGUGUUGGCCGUCAUUGUUAAAGGGACCUUAAGCAACGAGAACGUUGACGUCGCAGACGUAAAAAAUGGCAACCGGAAGUUGGUAUUUCCUCUCUUUCAGUGCCCUGACUUGACAAACUCGUGCAGUGGGACGUAAAACAAAGGAAUCCAGAUUCAUUGUGUGAGAAAGAAUCGUUCCACCAAACGAGACAUCUAACUUCCCGUUGCUAUUCAUGACAUCCGGGACGUCAGCAUUGUGCCGGGCGGUAUAAGGUGUUGCGAGUAGGGGUCGAACCAGCGACCCUCGUUAACUCUGCUACACCGCCCCGCUAUCAGCUGUAUGGGCUAAUACGAGAUAUGUUUUGUAUUUGCAGAGCGUGUGGACAAGUAUUCUGUAGAGACUGUACAAAGCAGAAGAUUCCUCUGCCCCAGUUUGGUUACAUGAACCCUGAAAGAGUUUGCGAAAACUGUUAUCAACGAAACACUAUCAGACAAGCCGAUGAAGAGGUUGGUUAUGUCUGCCUUUCUCAGUAAGACCCGAAACUGAUUUGUUUAAUUUCUGGUCUCUAUGUCAUUUCAUUGUGGUUUUGCGCUGCCAAGUAGCUAAACUACCUCUACCACGAACUCCGAAUAACCAGCUAAGCUUUCAAUACCCGCGUCCUCUGCAUUCCGCGUGACUGUUUAAUCUCCCUUGCUUGUUUUCUUGCGUUUGCAAACACGUUUACUUGUGCUUACAACAGGCCAUUUCCGAGUAGCCCCUAGCCUCUGUUUCAGAGCGAGGCUAAGUACCAAACGAUUGAUUUGAAAAUGACUUUGUAAUCUCAUGCAAAUGAAACUCAUUUUCGCAAGAAAGAUUUUGCACUUAGCCUCGUUUCGGAAGUGAAGGUUUUUUUCGGCUUAAAAGGUUUCGUUCUUGUUAUUUGUCGCAGGAUGAAGACGAAUUUGAAGUUAUAACCCUUCCAAAUUUACCGGGUUGAUGUUGAAACAGGACUAGAAGGCGGUUUAGUGACAGCUCUUGGAAAAAGAAGUCAAGUGUAUAUGUCCUCCGGGCGAAACUGAUAGCUACUGCGUGGAUAAGCUAUCGCGAAGUUCAAGCACUUGUUGCAUCCUUCUCUGAAAAAAUCAGUCUUCCAGACUGAACAAAGGUUGAUCACAUUCUAGGACUUUUGCAAUGCGUAAAGGACGCGAAAGUGAGACUUAAAAAUGCUGAAAUGUUUUAAAUUAUCUUGGAAGAGAAAUCUCCUUGACGUUGGUGCAAAUAGCUACAUGUAAAUUACUAAACUAUAUAAAAUAUCUACAUAUUUUUAAUAGUGGUAUCUGGAUAGAGUAUAUAUGACCAUAUAUAGUUGUUAAUAUUCGCAUUGGUAACUGUUUAAGAAAUCAAUUGUAAAAAUAUUUCUCAUAUAAUUGAUUGUUAGGGUAAUAUUGCAAUUAAGAUUUUAUUUGAGAUUGAAAUUUGUUAAACUAUUAUAAAGUUGUAAAAAUUUCUAUACGUUUUCUGUUGAUGUAUAUUGCGUUUACAUGUUGCAAUAUCUUUAUACUACAUUUACACCCUUUUACAUUAUUUUUAGUAUCACGUGCUAAUGUUCCAAUCCUAAAGGUGUUUAAAUCACCUAAUGAAAUGUUUUUAAUUUAGGCAAUCUUGAGGAACUGAAAUGGAGGCUUGUUGUAAAUCAAAUUUUUUGGGUUUUGGUUUUGUUUUUGUUUUUGUUUUUUUUUAUUGCGUGGCCUCUCCUUUACUGAAUGCCUCGCAGCUAUUCAGCCCGCCACUCAGAGCGCACAUUCUCUAAUCUAAUGUGGCUGACCCUUAGAGUGCAUGUUGAUGACGUUGUGCCAACUUCAUCAAUUGCAGCCUUAAAGGCAGACCCCUAAACUGUGCGUCGCGCAAAUUUCACCAAACGCAUUGCUAAAAAGCGCUUUAUCAUUCCAAAACUAUGCGGUUUAUUGGCUAGAAUAUCUUGCAAACGAAGGAAAGACGAACAAGUAGUUAGUGGUUCUCGAAAUAACAUGAAAGAUGACUCUUUUUUAGAAACUCACUUUUCUUGACUCUCUUAUCGACGAAGCAUCGAUUUAUGGGAAAUUUUCCUUUAGUUGUAGUGUUGCGGGAUAGACUAUUGUACAACAUUUUCGGACGUUUCAGACGGUGAGCUAAAGCUGGUAACCAUGUGGACGCGUAAACCAUCCAAGCCCCGAUAUCCGCAUACAGAUUCUCCAGACUGAUCUUCAUAUAUUUCCUUAAGAAUUAGUUAAGAGAAUUUGUUUAAAGAUCAAAGUAUUUUCCUGAAGGUGAUCAUUUUAUUAAUUCUUAUAAGCUUUUGUCUUAAUGAUGUACUGAUAUUGUUGGGUGAAAAUUGAUGUUGGUGACUGUGGGGACUUGAAGAGAACUACAAUUUCAUUUUGUGGACUCUGGAGAAAAUUCUGUGGUGUGACCACUCUGCUAAAGUUACUUUUGACAUCUCUUGCUUGGGACUAUGUGUUUUUGCAGUAUUUUAUGAAACGAAAUCUUUUUCUCUCUUUAAUUCUGAUUUUUGAAGUGACUCUUGUGAUUAUAUCUGAAGACGGUUGCCGUAUAUAGUUUUUUAAAAUAAAGACUUUCAAUACCACAUUAAGUCAGAUGUUCUUAUUUCGGAGUAAAACCUCGGAACAUUAAUCAACCUUUAUUAUUAAGAAAAAUAAUACAAAGUUCUAGUUUUUUUUUUGUAAAUGUCGAUGUACUAUCUAUAUUGUUAUAUGAAGUUCAUUGCAUCUGAA